AUGUUUCGAUUAUCAGGAUGGCGACUUGCUGCUCUGGUGUCAUCAUCAUCUCCAUUAUUUCAGAAGAGCAAAACCAGUAGUGAAUUAAAAGAAUCGUUAACACCACAAGUUGCCACUAGACGUGUUGGUACUGUUAUGUCCUUUAUGCACCGUCGUGGUUACGGAUUUCUGCGAGAAACGGAACUUUCUACAAUUAAAAAAGAAGGUCUUCAUGCCUCUUCAACAUCCACAGCAGCAGAUGCUAUUAGGAAUAAAGGAUCAGAGUCCACAGGAAACAACACGGCGGGAGUUAGUUUCUUCUUUCCACGUUCUUCACUGGAUGGGGGAUUUUAUUUAACAGAGGGACAAACUGUCUCGUUUGAUGUGCGAGAUAUAGAGCCAAGUCAGAAACUAAAGGCACGUCUCGCCUCAGAGAAAUCGUCUGUGGUAACAACAACAACAACAACAACAUCAAUGGAAAGUGAGAGUGAAGGUUCAAAGUCUCUUUCGGUUGCCCAUCGUAUUCGUCUAUAUGAUACGGUAACCGGUAAAGAAAAGCCUGUUACUCCCAUUACACUCUAUGGAUAUGUUGAGAACUGGGAUUCCCUUGCUGGCACAGGUGUUAUUGCCGAGUUGGAUCUCAGCGGCAGUCUUCAUGAUGACGCCCCACGUUUUACGGUUAGUUUAGAAGAUUUAGAUCUCGCAGGACGAGCAGAACUGCGACGUGGACGUUAUGUACGUUUUUGUCUUGAAGCCGGUGAUCGCACAGCAGCUCGUCGUGUUAUUAUUGAUCGCAGCGCGGAACAAAAACAUGCCGCCCAACGUCUCCCCAACACUGCAGAAAAUAGUACAGAUGAUGAGAAACGACAUUAUGGAACCGUGCGGGAAGUGGUGGAAGGACGUUUUGGUUUUGUUGUGUUGGAUGAAACUGGGGAGUCUAUUUUCUUUCACAUGAGUAAUGCGGAGAAUGGUGUGAAGCCGGGAGAUACCGUUUCUUUUGCGUUGUUUGAAAUGACUCAAGGGAAACAUGUGGGGAAGAGGGCUUGUGUGGGUGUGAAGAGAUGCUUGACAAAACCUCCAUCUUCAUUAUCUUCUUCAACUGCUGGGGGAAGGAAUAACAACAACGGUAAGAAGUCUAAGGCCGCACAGAACUUGGAUGAUGAUGAUGAUGAGUUUGAGCUUCUGGAUUAA